CGCCGCGCGCACCGGCCCCGCCCCUCCCCUCCCCCCGCCGCCGCGCAGGCGCCCUGCGCCACCAACCGCCAUCAGCGACCCCCCAGCUCCCCUCCCCCACAGCCACCAACCUCCACCAACGACCCCCCAGCUCCCCUCCCCCACUGCCACCAACCGCCACCAACGACCCCCCCAGCUCCCCUCCCCCACAGCCACCAACCGCCAUCAGCGACC